GGUGUACCAAGUGACCAAGGACCGGUGGUAUGGUGGCUAAUAAAGGGCAGAGAGAAGAAAGAUUUAUAGAAAUUUCAAAUUCAGCGAUAACAACGAUGACAACCCAAAAUCAACGGUGAAGUUGAGGGAUUCGAUCAUCUGAUCUGGCUCCCGCAAUCGGUGUGAUCGACACGUCAUAUCCGCCGGUGCUGAUUGGACCAGCUGAGCUGGCACAACGGCAGCAGUAUCGGGAGCAGCCUCGGCAGCAGCGAGUAAAGGGGAGAAGGGAGCGAUGUCGUCAGCAGCAACGGCUAUGGCUCGCCUUAGUCAGGUGGUUUUCCUCUUUGGACCCAUGCAUGGAGGAGGAGGAGGAGGAUGUGUAGGGGUGAGGGGUGUUCUACGGUCCGCCAAAUCGUUACACGUCAGCAAUUUAUUAUCGCUGCCACGUUCGCGAGGGUCAGACUUGCAAUUGGACUGGUUGGAUUGGGGUUGUCGUCAAUUCCCUUGUUCAAGAAAGGUCGAGGGAUCAGCGUUCGUCUUCUCCUCCUCCUCUUCCUCCUCCUCCUCCUCCUCCUCCUCCUCCUCCUCCUCAUCAUCAUCAUCGUCGUCGUCGCCACUGUCAUCGUGUUCGUCAUCAUCGCCACUUGUUAAAGGAAGGCGGCGCUACUCCUGUGCUGCUGUUAGCGAAGAGAGAGAGAGAGAGAGAGAUGGAGAGGAGGAGGGAGGCAUGGGCGCGGCAAUGAAGGGAAAAGCAGGAGAAGGGAAUGAGAACAAGAGCAGGAAGAGGAGAGAAGGGAGAGGGGAGAGCGGUGUGGGGGGGAAAGCACACGCAUUGCUGACCGCAACGCUGACGGAAGGGGAUAAAGAGGAGGAGGAGGAGGAGGAGGCGGCGGGGGGUGGGGUUAAUCAGAGAGUCCAAGCCAAUGGCAGCUCCAGUUUACCACGUGGCAGAUCGACGCGUCCACGUGUUAAUUACCCCACCUCUUCGUCAUCCACGUCAUCAUCCCUGUCAUCGCGAUCAGAAGGCGAAGCAGCAGCAGCAGCAGCAGGAGGAGGAGGAGGAGGAGGAGGAGGAGGUGGUGGUGGUAAACAGUCUGGAUUGUGGUUGAUUGUCGGGUUAGGAAACCCAGGCAGAAAAUACAUCGGCACCCGCCAUAACGCUGGCUUCGAGGUUAUCGAUAGAUUGGCUAUGGCCGAAGGAAUCCCGAUGGGUUCCAUAGAAUCCAAGGCUGUCGUUGGGCGUGGUUUAAUUUGCAACAUUCCCGUUUUAUUAGCAAAGCCACAAACUUUCAUGAACUGCAGCGGCCAGUCCGUCGGUCCUCUGGCCAGGUAUUACAGAAUUCCAAAUGAUCGUGUACUCGUUAUAUGUGAUGAUCUAGAUCUAUCCUUAGCGGCUUUGCGGAUCCGACGGAAAGGCAGUGCUGCUGGGCACAAUGGAAUGAAAAGUGUAAUCGAAGGACUGAAAGGAAGCAAAGAUUUUCCAAGACUGCGGAUCGGGAUCGGGAGACCUGGAGGAGGGCUCCCGAUCGAAGCAUAUGUAUUACAGAAAUACACCAAGGAGGAAAGAGAAGAAAUGGAGUGUACUAUCCACCAGGCCACCAAUGCCGUCAGAGCCGUGCUCGUGGACGGAAUGGACAAAGCGAUGAAUGUGUGGAAUGUGGCUAGAAGCUUCAGGCUCGUCGGAGAUUAAUUAAUCCCCGCAGUAAGGGAGGUGGAGGGGUGAAGGUGGGGAAGGGGAUCUCUCUCUCUCUCUCUCUCUCUCUCUCUCUCUCUCUCUCUCUCUCUCUCUCUCUCUCUCUCUCUUUCUGUGCCCCUUUCUCUGUGUGUGUGUGGGGCAUGCACACACACACAUGUUCCUUCCCCUUUUCUUUGUUUCUCUCAGUUCAAGUAUGGUCAUGGAAUUCGGAUUUGCCUUCAUUAUCAUCUUUUUUUUUUUUUUUUUUUUUUUUGGUUGGGGAGCAGCACGCGCUGGGAACCGGGCCCAGCGUCCCAUAUGGAAAUUUACAUAUGAUUUUGAAGAUUGAGAUACCGGGGCCAUUACCCGGC